GGGUUGGGCAGGACCCAGUUCCGUGCAACUUUCAAGUGAGUUGCAAACUCCGCCCCGGAGGCCGGUGCCGGUUGCCUGGCGCGCUGGGACCGCGGCCACCCGCAAGAGCGAAGACCGACACCCGGCACCCCGGCCGGGGACCAGCAGCGGCGCCCGGCAAGGGCCGAGCACCUGGUUCUCCGCGACAGAGCAGGUCCCAGCCGCAACUGCCGCGCCGCGCGGCUGGGCGGAGAGCGAGCCCGCCGGUGCCAGCUCCCGAGCCGGCUUCCUCCCUGCCCACCGCCUGCCCCAGUCCGCUGGUCUCAGGGUUCUCCCGGUUCCCCGCACUUGCAGGUCGGAGUCAGUGGGCGGCGAGCCCCACCUUUGCCAGGGGACAGCCGGAUCGACCCUCGGGUUCCUGCACCACCACUGAGUCCCCCUUCCCAGCCCCCGCGUGAGCGCCCUCCUGGGCGUCUUUUGGGGGCCCUCCCCUCGUCCCCAAGCCUGUCAGGAUGGUGUCCUGGAUGAUCUGUCGCCUGGUGGUACACAUUCUGCAGACAGAUGCCUGGGGCUGAGGGCCACAGGCAGACCACGGCCAGAGCAAACACAAGGAAAUAGACACACUGUGGGUGGAGAAGCCAGGGGCCUGCUUGCCAUCUGAGCAGUCACGUGACUCCCAACCUUGCCUCAGCCUCCUCACUCAGUCCUACCCUUAACCUCUGAGUACUCCAGCACCUGGCUCAAAUAUGCCUGUCUGCAGCCCAGCGGUGCCAGGCUGGUGUUUGGGAUGCUGUAUCCAGCUUAUGCAUCCUACAAGGCCGUGAAGACCAAGAACAUUCGUGAAUAUGGGCACACUGGAGUGGCACAUCCUGAGUGGAGUGGCGAAGGAGGGAGUGGGCCCUGUCGAGGUCCGGUGGAUGAUGUACUGGAUCGUCUUUGCGAUCUUCAUGGCAGCUGAGACCUUCACGGACAUCUUUAUCUCCUGGUUCCCUUUCUAUUAUGAAAUCAAGAUGGCCUUUGUGCUGUGGCUGCUUUCGCCCUACACCAAGGGGGCCAGCCUACUUUACCGAAAGUUCGUCCACCCGUCCCUGUCCCGUCAUGAGAAGGAGAUCGACACGUACAUUGUGCAGGCCAAAGAGCGCAGCUACGAGACAGUGCUCAGCCUCGGGAAGCGGAGCCUCAACAUGGCUGCCUCAGCUGCGGUGCAGGCCGCCACCAAGAGUCAGGGCGCACUGGCUGGCCGGCUGCGGAGCUUUUCCAUGCAGGACCUGCGCUCCAUCCCCGACACCCCUGCCCCCGCCUACCAGGACCCCCUCUACCUGGAAGACCAGGUACCCCGCCGGAGGCCACCCAUUGGGUACCGGGCAGGGGGCCUGCAGGACAGUGACACAGAGGAGGGCGGUUGGUCGGAUACGGAGGUAGUCCCCCAGCCACCAGCCCGGCCCCGAGAGAAGCCUCUGGGUCGGAGCCAGAGCCUGCGUGUGGUCAAGAGGAAGCCGCUGGUCCGGGAGGGCACCUCGCGCUCCCUGAAGGUCCGAACGCGGAAAAAGACUGUACCCUCAGACAUGGACAGCUAGGGUCUGCGGAUCAGGCCCACUCUUACCUCAGGCCCUGCAGGUGCCAGGGCUACAUGCAGGAGGCCUUCGGUGCACAUCUGGUUUGCUGUGCCAGCCACCUGGGUCGUGUCCCUCCCGGCCCUGUUUGCUUAAGAGCCAGGGCAGAG